CUGUUUCUUUUUCGGUUUGCUUCGGCUCAGUCGCGCGCUCGAGGUCUCCCGGCAACCCUUUAACGGUAAGCGCGCACCCGGCGAAUGAAUUCAAAUCCAAGUCAGAACUCGAAUUCGAUUAAAAAAGGAGCACUCGGACUGAUUCGCUGGCGGUCCUUCGUUUUCACAGCCCAACCUUUGCUGGCUGUAUAUGGAUUCUCUUCCUGGUUGCAGCACAGUCACAGACACUGCAUAUAAGUCCCACAAGCCCGCAGUUCAUCUAAAAAAAAACAGUCGUCGUCUCUACAAAAAAGCCGAACCGCGUUGACUAGACAUGUUUUGACUAUUUUACGUAAAAGACACAAUCUUUUUAUCCGUGUAAGCAGAAUUUCGUGAGCCACCGAUGAUGCGAAAUAUCUAAUAUAUCGAGUGAAAAGCAAAAGCUUGAGGAGACCUAUGCCUCGUCUUAAUGGAGAAUGAGACUACACAAGCAAAACAAGGUCUUCUGGAGCCUGUGCUUCCAGGCUCUGUAACCUUUGAUGAGAGGAUUUUAGCACCGCUUCGUAACAACUAUUUGUAUCAGGAUUCUAGGGAAUAUUUCACAUACAACUCUGCCCAGUUAAUCAACAACCCUGCUUUACAAAAACGGUAUGCUACCUUCCGUGCUGAGAAACUGGAAAAGGGAUACUCUGAGCAGGAACUUGAAGAAUCAUUUGGCUUCCUGUUGUUUAAUGAUGAAAACAAGGCAAGGAUAGUUGGGGAAACAGGCUUGUUGGUUGGACAGGCAAAAUGCACUACUUUAGGAGAUUUCUCAAAAGGUGUCUAUAUCUCAAAAUACUCAGACUGCCUUGACCUGAAGCGCUGGUAUGAUGGCAAGACUGGCUACAUAGUCCUGUUUAAGCUAACCAAGGGCAGAGUGAAAGCGGUUACCGACAACUACACCCAGAAUUUCACCCUUCCCUCAGCUAGCUUUGAUUGCCAUGUCUCAGAUCAGAUCGGUGCUGUAACUUCAACUACUAGUUCUUUCUUGGCCUAUGAGCGCACACAGUACUACAUGUAUGAAUUUGCUGAUGGAACUAGUGAAACAGAAACGCGUCCAAGGCAUACUUGUCCAUUUGCCAUCGUGGCAUUCUCAUAUGGGAAGACUUCCACCACGUUAGAUUUGGAGGAAAAGAGCCAACGAAAAACAGUGUUUCAUUACAAACCGUGGACUGGCCAAUUCAAGAUUGAAUCAACUGUCUAUGAUGUUGGACUUGAGUCUGUGAAUGGAGCCUUGUUCCCAGCAAAACUCCCAAAACUUGUUAAAAUUGACCAUGCAAUUGAUGUGUCUGAACUGAAGAAGACCUUGCCACGGGAAAUCUUCGAAACUUGCAUUGUUGGUGAAGUUUGUAUUGAUGGCAGAUGUUUCAACUUGUAUGACGUUGUCUCAUCUGAGGCGAAAAAUGACCUUGCUCAAAUAACCCAGGAGCUGAAAGAGAAAGACAUGGCUUUUGUUAUACCACUGGAUGGUUCUGGAUUCCUUAUACUGUUACAUUCUUCACACCUUUUCUCAUAUGAAGAUGCAAGGUCCGGUAAGGCAGCAGCACUUCAAGGCAUGUUUAUUUUUCCAGACUCUAGAGCUGUACCAAGAGAUACCAAGUGUGGACAACAAAAGUCAAAAAUGUCGACAGAUAUAAUGGAAGUUAUCCCAGCAAUUAACUAUGCAGAAACAGAGAUGAAAAAAUAUCCUUCAAACCAGAAGGGGGCCCCUCAUACUGUUUUAGAGAAGCAUCUGCAAAACUAUGCAACUCUUAUUCACCCAGGGCUAAUGGACAAUCCCACCAGGGAAGCCAGUAUGUUUCCAGACCAAUAUGACGUGCCUGGCGGUUUUACUCUAAUAGCCCCUAAAUGGUCACAAGAGACUGGAAUUCAAUUAAUAUCCUAUUUUGAUGAGCCUUGUGGCUUUACAAUUCCUGUAGGAAGGGCACUGGAGUUACUGGCUGCUGGUCGACAGCAGCGGGUUGAUGAUCAUGAUGAUGAUGUAUACUACUGUAUAUCAUCUCCAGAGGAGGUGCCUCAGACUCCUGCUGAUGCCCAUCUGGACAUGGAGGCGCCGGAGCAAACCAAGGCUAUCAGUGGUGGUCAUAGUGCCUCUGACGUGGUAGUUCAAAAAGUUGAAAAUCUAAAAAAUGAGGGGCAGCAUUUGUCUACAGAGCAGCCUCAACCAGAUUUGACAGAGGAGCUUGGAACCUUGGGAACAGCUGACUGUGUGUUGGAGAACCCAAUUCGUACAGUCUCGCCCAAGUUGGGUGGUGUGCCUACAGAACACUGUGUAAGUAAUUGCACUGAUGUAGAGAAAACAACUCAGCAACAAGUCAGUACUGAACAAUGUAAUGGAGUGGUUGAAGAUUUAUCAUCCCAGGAAACUCUCAUCCAAACUAGCAGUACACUGUUAACUUUAUCAGUGGAAGGUAGUGGUACUGCCUCAAGUGGGGGAAUGGAGAAUAAUAAUCAUCCUGAUAAUACAAAGGCGGAUUCUAUUAAGAAAGUAGAUGGGAGGUCUCUUCCCAGGCGUAGAGGUAGGAAACCCAAAAGGCAUUGUAAAGCCAUACAGGUUAAAAAAGACAUUCAAAAAGAGCCUGUUUUACCAACUUCAAGUUUGCCUCUCACUUUACCAGUGAACUUCACUGAAGCCAUUAUUGUAGACCCUACAAAUGACCAGACUGACUCACACUCUCGGACUGAGACUGUGCCUGCUAAUAACAUCAAUCAGAGACCCCAGUCAAGUAGUAGGGGCAGGGGACGCAGGCAAAAGGGUGUGAAUCAAAAUCUGAGUAAAGUCACACAAGAGCAAUCCCCUUUUAAAACAACAGCCAUACCCACAAGUGUGUUGGACGAAACUUUCCAUAACCAAAGUAUGACAAAUGAGACACCGAGUCCUUCAAAAGGAGGCUGGCGGUCUCUUCCCAGGCAUAGAGGUAGGAAACCCAAAAGGCAUUGUAAAGCCAUACAGGUUAAAAAAGACAUUCAAAAAGAGCCUGUUUUACCAACUUCAAGUUUGCCUCUCACUUUACCAGUGAACUUCGCUGAAGCCAUUAUUGUAGACCCUACAAAUGACCAGACUGACUCACACUCUCGGACUGAGACUGUGCCUGCUAUUAACAUCAAUCAGAGACCCCAGUCAAGUAGUAGGGGCAGGGGACGCAGGCAAAAGGGUGUGAAUCAAAAUCUGAGUAAAGUCACACAAGAGCAAUCCCCUUUUAAAACAACAGCCAUACCCACAAGUGUGUUGGACGAAACUUUCCAUAACCAAAGUAUGACAAAUGAGACACUGAGUCAUUCAAAAGGAGGCUGGCGGUCUCUUCCCAGGCGUAAAAGAUCGUGGAAUAGUGAUAUCAAUCUGAAGCGUUCCUUGAGAUCAGAUGCAGUAAAGAGUGGUGAUAAUGACCCACGACUCGAUGCAACAGAAGGGAGUUUGUCUUGUGCUCCCAAGAGAAAGAUGGAUGGAUUAAGCAUGAGGGAACGAUAUGGUCUAAAGACCAUAAUCACAAAUUGUGGCAGGGUCUUUGUCCCUCAUGGCUCAGAUGUAGCUUGUGAGGACGUAGAAACUUCAAACAAGGUGCAAAAUGAUAGCACAAUUGAGAAAAUAUUCGUUGAGACAAGCAUUGACACAAAUGCUCAAAUAAUUUCUCCCAUGGAGAUCAAAUCCACAGAAAGAGUGGAAAGUUGGGGAGCAUUUCCCUUGAUGGCAAAGGUUGAAUACCCCUCUAAAGAUUUAGUGGUCUGUGAAGGUGAAGAUAGGCCUUCAAAAGAUAAGCCAUGUGUUCAGCAAGUUUCACCAAUAACAACAUUGGGCAAACAAAAUAAAGAUAGCCCAUCAGAAAUUGUCAAAUUCCAGCAUUUAUCUCCAAAACAAUCAGAGUUAAUGAAUACUACACUGAAUGAGGCAUUAUGCCUUCAAGACACUAUCAAAGAUCAAUCCGUUGCUUUUCAAACAAAUGAAGCUACCAGACUACCCACAGUUCCUGAUCAAUCCGUGCACUCUCAACUUAAUGUAUCCUCUCCUGAGAAAAUCAAAAAGAAAGCAAAACAUGUGUACAGUGCAAUAUCUAUAAGUAAAUUAAAGACUGUGCUCAGAAAGGGAAAGAGGACUAAAUCAACUUCCCCCAGUGACAAUGGGGUAUCUGAGCCAGACAACACAGAACCAGAGUCAAAAAAAGGAAAGCCUGGCUUCAUCAUGGAUCUAAUGCUGGAUAAUAACAGCAAUAAAGAGUUGAAAGACAAAGGAUCACAAUCCAUCAAUGAUCCAAUGAGAGCCUUUGAGAGAAACAUACAGACUGUGUCUUGGAGAGGUCUUAUUGCAGAGGCCUCAAAAGAAAAUGGGUCCCACAAUUUUGACACAUCAGCACCUUUUGAAAUAGUUAAACAAGCUGACCAGCAGCUCAUAUCAUCUCUUAUUGGGGAAGGGGUGGGAAGGACAAGAAUUAGCUCUGAUGGCAAUGGCAGUACAGAGAAAUUGACCACGGGUACAGCGCUGCCCUCAGAUGCUUUGAGUUUACUUGCUGACUUGGCCCUUGGUGCAAGUAACAAUAAAAUGUUUUCAAACUUAGAAGCCAAGCCUGGUCAGGAGACCGCUGCUGGACUCAAGGGCACUGGCUCCCCAGAGUCAGUUCUUCAUGCUCUUCUUCGGUGUCCAUCCAACAGAUUUAAACCUCCCAGGUCUCCUUUCCCAGAAGGUCUUGUUGUGACUGGGGAGUUGAUUUUAGAAAUAUCAAAAGAGCAUUCUUACUCACAGCCCACCUCUCUACUGUCAGGUUUGUCAGGUACAUGCCUUCAGGUUUCCUCUCCAGCUGGAUCUGUAGAAUCUCCACUGUCCUUGAAGACUGGGCUGCAUCUGAACCUGCCCAGAGACACUGCAGCCAAUUUUUAUCAAGAGGAACGUGACAAAACUGAGUGGAAGCAUCUGCUUGUCCCAUCAACCCUCAAGAUGAAAAAGCGGGGAUACAAAAUAUUCCGCAACAGACGCAUAAUCGAAAAGGAGGGAUCCGUUCAAGUGAUGAGGAUUUGGAGAGAAACAUAUGAGUUUAAAUAUGACAACAGGUUCACCAAUGACAAUUUAGAAAAAACUGUAUCACGAGCGCUUCAUGGCAAAUGGAACUUUGACAUUGAAGACACCUUUGAGGAGGUACAUCUCAUUUUUCACAUGUGGAUUGGUCUUUUCUAUAGUAAAUCCACCUCCAGGUUAUUUCUUCUUGACAGUAGUACUGCACUUCCAAAGAGGAAGGAGACUGCAAAUGUUCAGCAGGAUAUAAACCCCAUUCAGUCUCCGUCAUUGCUCAGUGUUGAGUUAAGCUCAAAUGAAGACCAAGCCCAGGCCUUGCCUCUUUCAUCAGAUAUUUUGGAUCUUUCUGUGAAAAACUGUGAGCCUGUGAAUCUCCAUCCAGUCACAAAACAAAGCAAAGAAGAUAACAUUGCGUUACAUUCUGGUGUUAUAUCAUGCCAUAAGCAUGAAAUUGCACCAACACAUUUCUCUUCUGGAACAAAAGACACCUCCAUUCCAACACUUACAGCAUUGACGAAUUAUAGAUCUGUGCACAUACCAGUGGAAAAUUCAAUUCCUGACAAAGAUGACACUGAUGAAGAAAAUUAUGUCAUUGCUGAUUUUUCAUACUCUCAGCACUUGGAAACAAACAGUGCAUUCAAUCAGUUGUGUGAGCAAGCAUCAAAUAUGAGCAUAGGUAUUCAACCACAUCUACAAAUAGCAAAGUUAAUAAAUGUUUCAAAACAUCUACAACCCAUCAUAUUUACCGCUUCAAAUGAAAAUGACAUGUUCCAUCGAGAAGUUUGUCCCAUAAAACCUGCAGUAUUCUCAAAACAACAUAGUUUGGUUUUGGAUAGGAAAUGUUUUGAUCAGAGCUUUAAGAAGAAAACUGGAAAUGGAGCACCUGUAGUACUGCAGCAGGAGCCUGUGUCUGAGAAUGCAGAGAGUAAAGUGCUUUUGGAAGCAGAUAAAUCCCAGGAUGGUUGCCCAGUGACUGUGAGUGAUGGAAAUGUUGACAAGACCAUAGCAUUUCAAACUGAAGAUGCAGCACCUGUUUUGGUACAGAAUGAGAAUAUUUCUGAAAUGGAAGACACUAAAGAAGUCUCUGGUGAAGAUUGUCAGACAUCCACCCUGGCUAUUGUGGAAGAUGAAAAUGUUGAGGAAAACAUAACUUCAAAAAGUUCUAGCAGAGAUCAAGCUAGUUUUGCAGAGCAUCAUGAGACUGCUCAUGUAAAGGGGGAGCUUAAACCUUUGGUAGAUGAAAAAGAUCACACAAAUGCAAUUGACCAUCAUGUUGAAGAACUGAGAGAAGUUUCAUCACAUAAAAUUGGAAUUGAAAAGCAUAUUGAAACUGUUAAUGCAAAGGAAGAUCUUUUACCUUUGCUUGAUGUAACGGAUAACGCAAAUGUGGUUGAUGCAUCAUCCCAUGUUGUUGAAGGGAACAACGCUAAAGAUCCAUCAGAAGAGAGAAAUGAAAGUUAUACAGGUGAGCAAGAAGAUCAGAGUAAAUCUAAGGAAAGUAUUAAGCUGGAUGGUGAUGAUUCUGAAUCUGCGAUAUCCACAACAAUGGCGGAACAUAAGGUUGAGUUUGUUUUGGGUCUAAAGGAUGAUACAAAUAAUGUUGAUAUGGAAGUCUGUGAUAAGGAUUCAGAUGACAAGGCACAAAUCGAAGCUUAUGAAAACAACAACUCCAGUGUCAAAUCAUUUGUGGCAGAGCCCAUAAUUUGUGCCUUCAUCAACGAAGACCAUGAUGUCAAGAUACAAAAUAAUGAAACAGAACCUGAGACCCAAGUGGUAUUUCAUGAGGAGGUAAACCCUGGAGAUGAUGCCUAUGAAGAAACUAGCACUGUUUCAAGUUUAGGAGAUAUGAGCUCACUGACCUCUCACCUCAUGUCAGUUCAAGAGCAACACACCUCAACUUCUAAUAAUGAAACUGCUGAUGUAAUUCAAAAUGGGAGUGAAAACAUAACCCUUAAGCAGGGCAUAGUGAUGCAACAAGAGGCUCUUGAUAUAUGUAAAGCUGAGCCAAAACCUACAAAUGACACUGAACCCAGCAAAUUAGAUGUUAGUCACACAGAAAAAGAUGAAAAAAGUGAUUUGGAGGAACAGGAUUUGACUGAAACAGUCAGUGGUGAUGACGAUACACUUGUUAAUGAUAAUGAGACACAAAGUCAAAUGUCACACUGUUGUAAAGACAAAACUGAAGUGAUCAGUAUGCACCAAAAAGGUGUGUCUCCUAAAGUUUGUGCAUCACUCCAUAAUAGCACUAAUAUCUAUUGUAAUGAAAUGAUUGCUUUGACAAUGAACAAAACCUCCGAAGUUGGGGUAAACAGCAUCUGCUCUACUCCCGAUCAGGAGGAAUUCCUAUAUGAUCCAGAAGUAAAUGAAGGUUUCAGAAAAGUCUCUAAUUUGAAGGAGGAUUUGAAUAAAGACCUGUUUUCUGACAACACUGAUCAUGAUGUCACCAUGUUGUCACCAAAAAGUCUAGUGAGCCCUUAUACCCAUGUCUUUUCCAAAUUACCAUUCUCUGACUUUAUAGAAAAUAGUGAAGAAACUGAAGAGCCAGGGUGGAAGAGCAGCCAAUACUGUGGCACAAUGAAUUUUACAGAUAACUCUACUUCCCUACAAAAAGAUGAAGAGUACAGUAGCUUCACAGAGGGUGCUCCUCAAAAUUACUCUGAACGUUUAUACAGAGACAAUGUUGAAGAAGAUUUGCAUGGGUAUUACUAUGAAUGUCCAUCUGAUCAAGGUUUUCUAUGGCCUGAUUGCAAAACUGAUGGACCAGAUAGCUGUCAAACUUAUCCAUAUGAUAAAGAUUCUAAAGGUGACUCUUAUCCCCCCAUUUGUUCCUUGUACAGUACUUCUGAGCUUAGAGAAGAUUCCAACAGACCAAAAAAGCUUACAGAGAAAGUGAUGAGUAACUUUUGGGGGGCAAAAAAGAAGUCCAAUCAAACUCCAGAAAAGAGGCCUAGAAAAAGCAAAUUCACAGGUGCCUUUUGUCGAAAUGCUGAGUGGGAUGAAGACGCUUCCAUUGAUAUUCCAGACUACAGCAUUAGAAAAACAUGCUUUGAGACACACCGAAUAAGGCCUAUUACAGUCACAGUUAAUAAUAACCUUCCACAUGAUAGGGGAAGCAAGGAGCGAUUUGACUGGUGUAGGUAUUUCAGAAGAGAGGCGGCUUCCAGGAAAUUAUUUGAUUCAAGUGAGGGGAAAAAAAUAUUCGACAUUCCACCCUCAUCCAUUGUCACCAUUCUUGACAAGAAAGGAAACCGAGUAACAUUCGAUAACUCUCACACUUUAAAACAAUCAGGUGCAAUUAGUAUGAAACCAGGACUUGAAAACUCGUUUAAUCAGUGGCAAAAUCAGCAAAGAAAGGCUGACGUGACCCAGUCCGCAGUGGAUCUCGAGUACCUUAUCUUCUCUGAAAAACUUAAUCGGAUUCUCAAAGAAAGUAAGAGUUCUCCCAGUACCACAUCACACUCUAGGUCAAAUACUUAUCUUCCUAAAUUUCCAAUGACCAUUCGGUUUUCAAAUUUUGAUGAACUUGUGAGCUCCACUGAACUUAGUAAACCACAUCCAGCACUUACUGGGUUGAAGAUUAAAGUGGAAAUGUCAGACAGAAAAGUGAUAAGGGAGCCUGCGAGAAACAACAAACCCUUGAAUCUCCAAAGACUUUUCUACAAAAAAGGCAACGAGGUAGAGUGCUCCAGAAUCUCAGAAAUAGCAGAGCAGUGUGAUUUUUCGUACAAGUCCAUGAUGAAUGAUGUCUGCUCUGGCAAGACCCUUUGUCGCCAAACUGAAGCAAUCAAAAAGAAGAGGAAUCAAGAGAGCGUCAACCAGCGGCCUGGAUUCUGUGGACGUAUCAAGAAAGACAUGUUUGACAACCUUCACGACAAUCUCAAUUCUAUUGUGAGGCAAGCAUGCAAUAUUAAGUAUAGGUUUUAUAUCCUUGUCACGUCCAAAGAUCCCUUCUUUGAAGAAACCAAGAACAUAUUAGAGAUUGAGGGCCACAUACCUGUAGAGCCAGACGAGUUUGACCUCAAUGGUAACUGUCAAUUCCCCCUUCUUAUUGUACUGAGGAAUGAGGAUAUUCUGGAGCAUGUAUGUGAGGUGCCUUAUUUGCUGGAAUUGAAAAAGUCAUCCAGCGUCCUGUUUGCUGCCAUUGACAGACCUGAUGAUGUGGUGAACCUCACUCACCAAGAGCUUUUUGCUAAGGGAGGCUUCAUAGUGUGUGAUGAAACUGCUCUUGACACACUUUGUCUAGACAACAUGAAGAAAGUUGUGACGAUCCUGGAGGAAUUAGACAAGAAAGGAAAAUGGAAAUGGUUUUUGCACUAUAGGGACAGCCGCAAGCUUCGAGAAAGUGCAAGGUCCUGUCCUGAGUCGAGGAAGAAGCAACAAUUUAUAGAUUGCUGUCAGGAAGCUGGCAUUGUCGAGGUAUUGCCCUAUCAUGAUUGUGAUGUCAUAUCACGGGAUCGACCAGACUACCUCUUCUGUGUAACUCGGCUCCAGAUCCAAAAUGCCACCAUUCGGUUUCCUGUGUUUAUUACAGACACACCAGCUGAUUCUUUUGGAAAAAAUGGCAUUUUAACCAUGAACGUUUGGACAUUCUCACGGAUACUCUCAAAUGACACUUGUUCUGUCUCAUGAAGUAUAGGUGUUUUGUUUUUAACAAAACCCAAUUACUUAUAGUUGGUAAGUACUCCGUUGAUCAUAGUAAUAAUUUAUUGUUUAGUGUAAAUGUUAAAAUAGAGAGGUUUGUUACUCUGUCAUGUAAUUUCGUAUAAACAAUGUAAAAGCUUUCAUCACUUCUACACUGUCUGUGAAAACCCAAAAGAAUGUACAUAUAUAGGUCAUACAAAUAUUUUAGUAUGUUUUAACAUGAUUUCAUGUUUUUAUAGAUCACUUUGACUAAAACUAAUAAAUAAACUGAUUUAGUAUGGCUGUUUAUUAUUCAGCAUUGUGUAUUUG